CUCUCUUCACCAUCAAACGAACUCUAUCUACUUCCCAAUUUCUUUUCUACUUUACCAAAACCAAACAAUGGCCAGCGCUACGUUCUUUCUUCUCAUCUCUGCUGUGCUCAAUCUUUGCCUCAGUCUCAGACCUACUUUUGCAGACUAUGGUGGCUGGCAAGGUGCUCAUGCCACUUUCUACGGCGGCGGUGAUGCUUCCGGCACAAUGGGAGGUGCUUGUGGAUAUGGAAAUUUGUAUAGUCAAGGGUAUGGAACAAACACUGCAGCACUUAGUACUGCCUUAUUUAACAAUGGUUUGAGCUGUGGUUCAUGCUAUGAAAUGAGAUGUGACAGUGACCCUAAAUGGUGUCUUCCUGGCUCAAUCACCGUCACUGCCACUAAUUUCUGCCCUCCUAACCCUGCUCAAUCUAACGACAAUGGUGGCUGGUGCAAUCCUCCUCUCCAACACUUUGAUUUGGCUGAACCUGCUUUCUUGCAAAUUGCUCAAUACAGGGCUGGAAUUGUACCCGUCUCUUUCAGAAGAGUACCCUGUGCAAAGAAAGGAGGAAUAAGGUUUACAGUGAAUGGACACUCUUACUUCAACUUAGUACUGAUCACAAAUGUAGGCGGAGCCGGAGAUAUUCAUUCCGUGUCGAUCAAGGGAUCGAAAACGGGAUGGCAAUCCAUGUCAAGGAAUUGGGGACAGAAUUGGCAAAGCAAUUCAUACCUCAAUGGACAAAGCCUUUCAUUCCAAGUAACAACAAGUGAUGGCAGGACUUUGACAAGCAACAAUGUUGCUCCUGCGAACUGGCAGUUCGGACAAACUUUUUCGGGUAGUCAAUUUUAGGGACUUAUAUAUUUAUAUACCAUACAGGUAGAGAUUAUAAACAAACAAAAAAAGACAAGUGUAGUAAGAAAAAUAUAUUGUAAUAUAAUGAAUGGUAUUGUAAGAUGGUGGUGGGGUUAGGGUAGUAGUAUGAGAAAGGUUAAGCUUAGCCUAAUAUUAUUGAGGCUGGCUGAUGCUGUUGCUGUUGCUGUGGUGGUUGAUUGGCACCCGCUAGGCCUUUAUUUGAUAUGUAUUUUCAACUUCAAUGGUGGGUUUCAUAUUUGAUUGAAAACCAUCAUGAAAAAUGUCAGUUUGUUUGUCUUUUGAUUUAAUCCUCAACCAAUUUGAGGAUAUUUGAUUGUCCUAAUUUAUGAUAUGCCAAUGGAAUCAAUUUUAAUUCCAA